AUGGCCGUAAGGAAAACUUUCGGUACCAUUUUUUCAGUUGUCAUUCCUCUUCGCCGUGGGGCGGUGGGGCCUUGGCUGCGCCCACUUCGAUCUCCUCCGGCCAUUAGACUGCUCGAUCCUGUAUCUUCCUUCCUUUCAACUAAUUUCUCAGCAGCAUAUCCUACAGGGCGUAUUUUCUUCAAGCCAUAUAACAGUCAAACUACUUCCUCCUUACAGUUAGCACGUUAUCUCAGCGUGAGCGCUUCACGUGGUUGCAUUGAAGAUACAAUGAGUGUGAUGGCCCCCCCUGCGCAACCCACUGACCAAGAACCUACGCUCGUGGAUGCUCAGAAAACAAGAGGCGAAGGCAAGAAUGGAAAUGAGGUCGACCCGAGGGAAUUCUACGAAAGUCGGUGCAAAUUUGUUGAACAGCUCCGGAGCAAAAAUGCUGCGUACCCUCAUAAGUUUAACGUCACAAUAACGAUGGAGGAGUAUCAGAAAAAGUACGGAAGUCUGGCCGACGGCAUGCACCUCCCUGAGGAAGAAGUUUGCCUCGCUGGGCGCCUGACACGCGUGGCAGCAAGUGGCCAAAAGCUCCGUUUUUACGACAUUCGCAGUUGCAACCUCCGCCUCCAAGUAAUGGCGAAUUUGGGGGAUCAUGAUCCGUCGACUGGAGACUUCUUUGAGAUUCACAAUGCGUUUCGGAGAGGCGAUAUCGUGGGCAUCCGUGGUUACCCUGGCAAGUCGAAACGCGGGGAGUUGUCUAUUUUUCCUCGUGAAAUGAGGCUGCUGACACCCUGUCUUCGAAUGCUCCCGGAAAGAAAUACACUGAAGGAUUUAGACACUAGAUUCCGCCAUCGGUUUAUCGAUCUAAUCGUUAAUGACCAGCCACACAAAAUCUUCUCCAUCAGGUCGAAGGUUAUUCGUUUUAUGCGCGACUUUCUUGAGGAUAACGGAUUCGUAGAGGUUGAGACGCCAAUGAUGCACCCAAUCUUUGGGGGCGCCAACGCGAAGCCCUUCAUUACGCACCACAACGACCUGAAGACAGACUUGUAUAUGCGUGUUGCUCCAGAGCUAUACCUCAAGAUGCUUACAGUUGGGGGCAUGGAAAAGGUGUAUGAAAUAGGGAAAAACUUUAGAAAUGAAGGAAUCGACAUGACGCAUAACCCGGAAUUCACAGCGUGUGAAUUCUAUUGGGCCUACGCUGAUUACAACGAUACAAUGAAACUGACUGAAGAAAUGCUUUCCGCAAUGGUGUUAUCUAUUCACGGAAGCCACAAGAUACCCUUCCAUCCUGAUGGCCCCAACGGACCAGUAGUGGAGCUCGACUUCACUCCUCCAUUCCGGCGCCUUUGUCUAGUUGAGGAGAUAGAGAAACAGGCCGGUGUCACGUUGCCGCGGCCGCUGGACGGCCCUGAGUGCUUGGAGUUUAUGAAAUCCCUUAUCAAGAAGCAUGGGAUUGAGCUGCCUAACCCAUUCACCCCCGCUAAAGCCUUAGACAGUCUGGGUGGCCGUUUUGUAGAAACUCAAUGUACAACGAAGCCAACUUUCAUUAUAGAACAUCCGCAGGUGAUGUCUCCCCUUGCUAAGUGGCACAGAUCUAAACCGGAGUUGACAGAAAGGUUUGAGCUCUUCCUAAUGGGCAAGGAAUUGUGCAACGCAUAUACUGAACUUAACGACCCGAAGAAGCAACGGGAAUGUUUCAUGGACCAAGCAAAGGCAAGGGACCAGGGUGACGACGAAGCAUGCCCAAUUGACGAGAAUUACAUACUGGCCCUGGAAUACGGCCUGCCUCCCACAUCUGGCUGGGGUCUCGGCAUCGAUCGACUGACGAUGUUCCUCUCGGAUCAAAUCACGAUCAAGGAGGUUAUCCUUUUCCCUUCCAUGCGCCGUAGAAAUGAGAAUACGGGAGAUAAAAGGACCGCAUAA